AUGGUUGGUCCAUGGAAAGCGCCCCCAGCUGGGGCAGCUAUUGUGGUGGGAGGAGUCCCGAUUGCCGUCAAGCCGACACUGCUCUACCUUGGCGUCGUGCUUGACAGCAAGUGGAAUUUCUGUGCGCAUUUUGAGCGCGUGGCACCCAAGUUGUUGCGUGCCGCAUCCGCCUUUGGGCGUAUACUUCCAAACCUGGGAGGGCCUGCGGCUUCACGCCGCCGCCUGUAUACGGGUGUGGUGCGCUCGAUGGCGCUCUACGGUGCCCCAGUCUGGGCAAAUGCUCUCAAUAGAGAAAAUAUCGCUCGGUUGCGCCAGCCGCAGAGAACAAUGGCCGUGAGAGUUAUAAGAGGGUAUCGUACGAUAAGCGCGGAGGCCGCAUGUGUACUAGCCUGCUCUCUGCCCUGGGACCUGGACGCGAGGGUCCUUGCGUCCCUAUACCAGUGGCGCGGGAAGGUGCGAGACCGGGGUGACGUGCUAGCUCCGCAAGAAAUACAGAUGCGGCGAAUGGAGCUGCAGCAGGAGGCGGUUGACAACUGGCGGCUGCGGCUGGAACGGCCGAGUGCUGGCGUCCGCACCAUAGAGGCGAUCCAACCUGUGCUCCGUGAAUGGAUUGAAAGGGAUUUCGGGGUUCUCACCUUUCGGCUCACUCAGGUGCUGUCGGGGCAUGGUUGCUUUGGCAAGUACCUGCAUAAACAGGCAAGAAGAGAGCCGACCCCGGAAUGCCACGAGUGCGGAGCACGCGAAGACUCGGCCCAGCACACACUGGCUGAGUGUCCGGUCUGGGGCGUCGAAAGAGAGGAGGUGAUUGCCCGUGUUGGGCAAGAUCUGUCGUUGCCAGCCAUAGUGCAGGCUAUGCUGUCUGGUGAAGAGGUGUGGCAGACGAUGCUGGAUUAUUCAGAGCACGUCAUGGCUAAAAAGGAGGCGGCCGAGCGCGAGCGGGAAAUCCAGGUUGAGGCUGACCCAAUGCGCCGCCGUAGAACCAGACGCAGGCGUGCUGCGCACGACAGACUUGCCACCUUGACAUCGACCUCCGGGUGGCAGACACGGGGGCGUCUGUCACCCAUAGGGAAGAGGUCCUCGGGUUGGAAGGCAUGUCAAGUGUUCAGACAUGCCCUUAAUGGUGGUUUCGGGCAAGCAUCCGCCCGGUGA